AGAUUUGCUCAGCAUAAGUUUGAAGGUAUGGAGGUAUGAAGCUUGAUAAGUCAACUAAGCUUCGCUCAGCAUAAGUUUGAAGUUAUAAAGCUAUCGCGUAAGCUGAGCUACGCUCAGCAUAAGUUUGAAGAUAUGAAGCUAGAGAGGCAGCUGAGCUUCGCUCAGCAUAAGUUUGAAGUUAUAAAGCUAUCGCGUAAGCUGAGUUACGCUCAGCAUAAGUUUGAAGAUAUAAAGCUAGAGUGUCAGCUGAGCUACGCUCAGCAUAAGUUUGAAGAUAUGAAGCUAGAGAGGCAGUGGAGCUUCGCUCAGCAUAAGUUGACGUUAUAAAGCUAUCGCGUAAGCUGAGCUACGCUCAGCAUAAGUUUGAAGAUAUAAAGCUAUCGAGUCAGCUGAGCUAUGCUCACCAUAAUUUUGAAGGUAUAA